CGCUAGAGGUCGCCCCACUGACACUAGCGUGACAGCUGUCAUUUGAUCCGAAUUAGCGAGCCCCCUGCCCCAAAAUGACCCUCGAACGGGCCAUGGAGGACCUCACGGCGAAGAUGAAGAAAACCGACGAGAAACUCGACGAUUUGGCCUCACAGGUGGGCCACAUCGAGAGCGAAUUUCUGUUGGAAGACACGGCCGAAAUCGAGGUAAAUAACCUUCUCCGGUCGGUGAAUGAGGUGAAAACCAAUUACCAGAAUCUGCGAAAAGAGAUCGUCGAAGUGCAGGAUUUGCAAAAACAAUUGAGUACGUCGUUACAGCUGCAAUUGAAGAUGAUGCAAGCCAAGUGUAACACGUUGAAGGAGAAAGUGGGGGCCACUGCGGGGCCCCCGCGCCUCGAAAACUGAGUAUCUUUGUUGAUGGGGAAACUCAAACCUGAGCUAAAGCCAGGCGCUUUCUUGUGGGGGCAUGAGGGGGCUUGCAUGCACCAAAGCGACCCAAAUUCUAAGUUCAUUUGUGAUACAAUUGAAUAGUAGUGCACGACACGUCCUUUGGUUACUUUGUUUACAGUUCGACCAAAUCGAGUGCCUAAAGUGGGCGAAAUAUACCUUGGACUCGACUAUACAUACCCACGUAUAGUCACACCCAACGUAUAUUUUGCAACAAGCGGGCACUUUUCGUAGAAUUUUGCAUGCAUCAUAUCCUUUACCUAUUGUACAUAAUCAAUGUGGUAAAACUAUAUAUCAACUAUACUAAAAUGCAUGUUAGAAGUCAAUUGAUGUACAAGACUAUUACUUGCGCUAGCGCAAGACCUAGUUUUAGUCCAAAUUAUUGUGUAAUUAAUUAAAAUUCGUAAUUCGUACGAUCGGGCAAGGUAAGUGCAUGGCUGUGACUAAAAAAAUCGUUUUGCUUGCGAUUACGAAUUUUAAUCGUGUACCUGAGCAGAUUUUUGUGACGAAAAAACAACUCAAUGCCUUAAACACUGUACUUCCUCUCCAAUUUUUCGAUUUUUCGGCAAAAACUUUGCUCAAAUCUUAUAUCACCUAAGCACAACUUUUUCGGGGGAAAAACGUGGGAGAAAGUUUUUUUGGAGCACAAUAAUUAUAAUAAGGGCACGUUUGAUAGAAUUUUUUGUAACCGGUCAAACUGUGUUGUUCAAUAAACGAUUUAAACAACAA